AGCCGUUUUGGCUCAAGAGAAGGCGCUGAUCACCGUGGCCGAAACCGGCGGCCCGCCGCAACUUACAAGCUGGGAGAAGCCGCGCUCGGCCGCGCCCCUCGUCCGGAGGGCCGCCGCGCCCCAUGCGCGAGCCAUGGACGUGGAGGUCAUAAACCGUUGCGCCAUCCCCGCCGCCACGCUGGCCGCCGGCGGCCUGCUGCUGAUGUCCGAGCACAGCAAGACCGCGGGGAGGCUCCUGUGCUUCUGCGGGGCGCAGACGGGGAUGAACCUCUACAUGAAGCACGUGCUGUCGCACCAGGCCAUCUCCGAGGGACGGGACGGCUUCCCGGCGGCGUGCGCCGUGACCGGGCUCCAGCAGCUCACGGGCUUUGCGUUGAUGGUGGCCUGGAUGGGCGUCUCCAGGUUCACGUCGUACCAGUAUGUGCCGAAGAGGCUGAACUCGCGGAUGGAUUAUAUUGCGGUGUUCACGUUCUCUUGUGCUUUCAUUGCGAAUAUCGCCCUCAACAAUUACAGCGUGUCUCUGAUGCCUAUAUCUGUGAAUCUGAUCGUCCGCUCAUGCUUCCCGCUGCCGACCUUCUUCGCCCAGAAGUUGGCAAGUUGGUGCACGGGAGAAAGAGCAAAGGAUUCUAGUACGUUAGAGUUGUCGCUAAUGUUGUUCGGCUGCUUCUGUGCGAGCCUGGCUGUGUUCGCGAAGAUGCAGUCGGCUGACACCGUUGGCAGUGACCACAAGAAUCUUGCUUGGGGCGUCAUUGUCUGUGUCAUCUCCUGCUUCGCUGGCUCCUCGAACCUCGUCUUGGCCGGUAUGAUGGGCACAAACUUGAAACUGAACGAGUUCGACACGAUCACCUACUCGGCGUUGCCCGCAGCCGUGUUGCUAAUGCCUGCGAUGUUCAUUUCCCAUUACGUACAUUGGGACGACGGCGUCAUGCUGACAGACUGGGAGAUUCUCAGGGAGGUGUGGGAACUAAAUCCAAGCGUUGUCUAUUUGGCCGCUCUGUCUGGUGUCUUCGCCUUGGCGUUCAACCUGCUCAAAUACGGCAUUGUGCAGCGGCUGUCUGCCACCCAUACGGCAUUCGCAGGCAAUUUCAAUAAAGCGUUCACGAUUGUCUUGGCCACGGCACAGGGCUUGGAACCGUACCCGAGCGACUAUUGGGGUUGGGUGAUGGUGGCCUCGUACGUUGGGAACAUCAGCGCGUUUACGGGCUACAACAUUGCGAAGAUCCAGAUCGCGCGCGCCCAGGAGGAGGAGCCCAGAACACCCCGAAGCGCGUGCAGCUUCGAGAAGGAGCCGCUACAGUCGGAGAGCACAGAGGACAGCUUGGAGAAGCACACCUCCUCAGAAGAGGACGACUGGGAGUCGUGCAAGGUCGCCGCGGACGACAGCUGCCGAUCCGACGCCGCCCGCUCGCUCGCGAUCGGCCGCGGCGGCUCCGAGCCCCUCCUGGGCCGAGGCGGCCCAGCCGCGACCCCGCUCGCCGGGAGCGACGCCGGCGACGGAGGCGGCGUAGCUGACAUGGCCUGACGUUCAACGACGGCGGGCCCGAGUUUUGAACGACUCUCUCCCCUCUGCCUCCGAUGGGCGAGCGCAGCUGGCGGGGGCGGGGGGGAGGAGGCGGGUACCGGAAGGGCGAUUUGUCCCCGGGAAGCCCAAGGCAGAACGCAACAUGCCACCUUACACUGGAGCUGGUGUGGACGCCUCCUCGCACGCCUUGAUGCGUGCCGCAAGUGCCAACAUCGCUGGUGUCGAGACGAGGCGCGAGCGUGAGGCCAUAUCUUCCGCAUCUGAGGAGUGUGCCCCAGCCGUGAGAAUCCUUCAGGCGAGGUACCGCUGGCACAGCAGAUGAAAAAGAGCAGCCCGUGUGACGGCCUGGUGGCUACAUAUGACAGGGUCAUCUUCGCAAACGCUGCUAAAGGCCGCGUUGCGGGACAGUCGUGGCAGUUCUGCGCUUCGUGCGCGUUUCAGAUCUGAUGAUAUCCUUUGCUAGGCUGUAUUGCGGAGCGGUGUGCUAGCACUUUGACGAGGCAACAAGUGGCAGCGACGAGGGUUC